GUACGCACAGAACAAUCUGCAAAUCCGCAAAGAAAGAAGACAGAUAGUAUUGUAUGAAAAGAACUUCAUUGCCGCCCGUUCUUUUUUUAUUCUGUUCAUCCAACUCUUCUUAACCUAAUAUUUUCACAUAAAAUGCUUCUUUCUGACUUUCACUGAAAUCGAUUCUCUUCACCUCUCUCUCUCUCUCUCUCAAUCCAUUAAUUUAAUCCACCGAGGUGGAUUUUCUUCAUCCUGUUUCUUUAACUACAUAGCAAUUUUAUUUUAUAUUUAUACACACACCCUUUGUGUGUGUUUUUGUGUGGUGGGAUUAGUGAGAAUAUUCUGAUAUUAUAUUGAAUUCACCAGGCAGGCAGGAAAUAUUCUCUGUAUUCCCUAAUUCCCAUUUCCCACCAUUUUUGUUCUUCGGUGGUUCAGCCUCCUGUUUACCAUCUUGUCAUUUUCUCAGGCCUAUUUUCAAGAGGGGCUUUAAAUCUUUAUGGGUUUUCCUGUUCAGAUUGUCACUUUGCAGUAGUUUAGAUAUCGACAAGAAAUGGUUUCACUGUGUUUUUGAAGAGUCAGGGAAUGGAUAGUGAAGGCGGUAUCCCCGACAGUCGUUUAAGGAAGGAGUCAUGGAGGACUGUAUUGACGCUGGCUUAUCAGAGCUUGGGGGUCGUCUAUGGCGAUUUAAGCACUUCCCCUCUUUAUGUUUACAAGAGCACUUUUGCGGAGGACAUUCAGCAUUCGGAGACCAAUGAGGAAAUCUUUGGAGUUUUGUCGUUUGUUUUCUGGACCUUGACUUUGAUCCCACUUUUUAAAUACGUGUUCAUAGUGCUUAGAGCAGAUGACAAUGGCGAAGGAGGGACUUUUGCUCUGUAUUCUCUGCUGUGCCGACACGCCCGUGUUAGCACCCUCCCGAAUGGCCAGCUUGCUGAUGAGGAGCUUUUCGAAUACAACAAGGAUGGGAUUGCAUCGGGCAAUAAGGGCCUUGGUUUCAAGCUAAGAUCAUUGCUUGAAAGCCAUGGCUUUCUGCAGAGGAUGCUGCUCACUUUGACAUUGAUCGGGACUUGUAUGGUGAUCGGAGACGGCGUGCUUACACCCGCAAUCUCUGUGUUUUCUGCAGUGUCGGGGUUGGAACUCGUCGUGUCGAGGCAUCAUCAAGAAUAUGUACAAGUCCCGGUUGCAUGCGCGAUACUGGUUUUCUUAUUUUAUCUGCAGCGUUUUGGAACGCACCGGAUCGGGUUUCUGUUUGCGCCUAUAGUGAUAACUUGGCUGUUCUGCAUCAGUGCCAUCGGACUGUACAAUGUAUUGCACUGGAACCCGCACGUUUACAAGGCGCUUUCGCCUUAUUACAUGUAUAAAUUCUUGAACAAGACGCAGGAACGAGGCUGGAAGUCGUUGGGCGGGAUCUUGUUGUGCAUAACAGGCUCGGAGGCUAUGUUCGCCGAUCUUGGACACUUUUCGCAGCUCUCCAUUAAGAUAGCAUUUACCUGUGUGGUCUAUCCAUCUCUGAUCCUCGCCUACAUGGGACAAGCUGCGUAUCUAUCGAAACAUCACGUGAUUGAGAAUGAUUACCGGAUUGGAUUCUACGAAUCUGUACCUGAAAAACUGCGAUGGCCGGUUCUUGCGAUAGCUGUUCUUGCAGCAGUCGUAGGAAGCCAAUCGAUCAUCACCGGGACGUUCUCUAUAAUCAAGCAAUGCUGCGCAAUGAGUUGCUUCCCGAGAGUCAAAAUAAUACACACGUCCUCGAAAAUAUGCGGCCAGAUUUACAUACCUGAAAUCAACUGGACUUUGAUGAUUCUCUGCUUGGCUGUUACGAUCGGGUUUAGGGACACGAAACACAUUAGCAACGCAUCCGGUCUCGUGGUGAUAACGGUCAUGUUGGUGACGACUUCGCUCAUGUCGCUCGUCAUCGUUUUAUGUUGGAACAAGAGCAUCCUAUUGGCCAUUUCCUUCAUAUUCUUCUUCGGGUCCAUCGAAGCGCUCUACUUCUCGGCCUCUUUGAUCAAGUUCCGCGAGGGAGCGUGGGUCCCCGUUGCGCUCUCGUUCGUAUUCCUCCUUAUAAUGUACACCUGGCAUUACGGCACCCAGAAAAAGUACGAGUUCGAGUUCCACAACAAGGUGUCGAUCAAUUGGCUCCUAAACUUGACACCCGACCUCGGGAUCGUCCGCGUCCGCGGCAUUGGCCUCAUACACACGGAGCUUGUCUCCGGCGUCCCGUCGAUCUUCACCCACUUCGCGACGAACCUCCCGGCGUUCCACCAGGUUCUGAUUCUGUUCUGCAUCAAGCACGUCCCGGUGCCCCAUGUGCGACCCGACGAGAGAUUCUUAGUCGGGAGAGUUGGCCCGAAGGAAUUCCGAGUCUACCGGUGCAUCGCGCGGUACGGUUACCGGGACACAGCCAUGGACGACGUCGAAUUCGAAAGGAACCUCAUCUGCAGCAUUGCGGAGUUCAUUCGAUGCCCCGUUCCACACUCCACCAUCACCAGCAGCCCCGAUCAUGAUGAGAAAAUGGCGGUCGUCGGGACGACGUCGACCUCCACAAACGGGCUACGAAUUUACGACGGCGACCAAAGCUCGCCGGAGGCUCCGAGGAAACGCGUAAGAUUUGUCCUUCCGGAAAGCCCGCGGAUGAGCGGCGAGCAACGGGCGGAGCUGCGGGAGCUGAUGGAGGCGAGGGAGGGCGGGAUUGCGUUCAUAUUGGCUCAUUGCUACGUGAAGGCAAAAGCCGGGUCGAAUCUUAUGAAACGGGUGGCUAUAAAUAGCGGGUAUGAUUUUCUCCGGCGGAACUCGAGGGCGCCGUCGUACGCAUCGAGCUUUCCUCAGGCCUCCACGUUGGAGGUAGGAAUGGUUUACUAUGUAUGAUACGUAUAGCCUGUAUUUUCUUAACGUUUCUACCUCUUUUUGCACCGGGGAAUUUACACUCGAAUUAUUUUAUUUUUUUUCUCUGAUUUUUUUUUU